AUGCAAUUCUUCAGUAACUACCUAUUGUUCAACCUUGACCUGGAACCUCAUUUGAACAUUCUCUUCGCAAUCCCACCCCAUUCUCGUUUCAUAAUCCUCUCACGAGCCAUAAUCGUCGCCAUGGGGCAAAAGAGAGGAUAUUCGGAGAUUGGGUCUCCCGAGCCUCGUAACCGUCCAUCAUUCAAUGGUACAAAGAAGCACAAGUCGAGCAAGUCAAAGCAUCGACCGAACGAGGGAACUUCAACGUGGGCCAAGAAGCGAACGCGCACUAUCGAACGACUCCUGAACCGAAACCAAGAACUUCCCGCCAACGUACGCAAUGAUCUCGAGCGAGAGCUGGGCGCUCUCAAGGCAACAGUCUCAGACAAGAGCUUCCAGAAGCUACGAAGUGCUAUGAUAUCGAAAUAUCACAUGGUUCGGUUCUUUGAACGAAAGAAGGCAUCGCGAUUAGCAAAACAGCUGCGAAAAAAGAUUGAAGAGACCGAAUCUACAGAAACGGACGAGAUCGAGGCAUUGGAGCGUGACUUGCAUGUUGCCGAAGUAGACGAGGCGUAUACACAACACUUUCCCCAUGCUGAACCCUACAUCAGCUUGUACACCAAUGCCAAGCCAGAGAAGGACGACGAAGACAAAGACGACGACAAGCUUGACUACACACCACUCAAGCAUAGGGGCCUACUGCAUACAGCGCGACCGCCAAUAUGGUCGGACAUCGAACAGGCGAUGAAGGGUGGCCCCCACGCAUUGCGAACUUUGAGAGAGAGACGGCCAACUGAGCUUACAGAAGAAGCACAGCCAGAGCGCCGCCAGAAAAAGCCCAGGGCAACGACUACAGAUGGGGCUCUCAAGGCGCAGCCGAAACCACAAGCCACGAAGGAAAAGCCUGCACCUUUCACCAAGGUCAAGGGGAAAGCUGCUGUUGCUCCAAAGAACCGCAGAGAACGCAGAUUACAGGAGCGUCAGGCUGCACAGCCAGUCGUCAAGAGUGACGACGAUGAUAGCGACGAGGGUGGUUUCUUUGAAGAGGAUUAA